AUGGUAGAGAAUUGCGGUCAUGCCAACGCGAGCUUUCUGGUCACCAGACAAUGGUUUGGUGGCAAUUUUAUGUUGGAAGCAGUUGUCAGUUGUGUGAUCGAGUUAGGCACUUACGAGAAAUUACUAAGUAGUCCGGGAAGCGGCUUGAAGAGCGGGAGAAUAAUGGUACACGAAAUGGUCAGAAGGAGGGCGAUGCAUAAGAAGAGGGCGAGUGGAAGCAAUGCAGCACUCGACAAUGCUACAGAGGUCUAUCGAGCUAAGCACGUAUCUCUUUGGCUGGCUGCAUGGCCACUCUUGCAUGCGGCUGUUAAUGUUUAG